AUGGGAUGUACACAAUCUAACAUGAUAUCCUACGCGGAAAUUACCGAUGAGGAUCGAAAGUUGAUUCCCACUUUGUUUCGGGAAAUCAGCUCAGCGCAUCACUCUCGAGGAGUUUCAUAUUGGCUUGCAUCCAGUUUUGUCAAAGAAGGUACUGUACCUUUUAAGAUUGGAGUAAGUUACUUUUGUACGGAUCAAUGAUAGGACGAGACGUACACUGCAGAAUACGUGUGCGUUACAAAGAAAGGAUACGAUCCUGAAGAAUUGGAUAAACCCUGUCAGGAUUCGUAUCUUUUCAGUGAAUCAACAUUUAUUAUCAACGGAAAGGAAGAGAGGGGAUUGUUCGCUGGUGUUUUUGAUGGUCAUGGUGCCUUUGGUAAGGAAUGUUCCAUCCUCUGUCGCGACUAUGUAUUCACUGAGUGAUAAACUGCUGAUAUUUCAGAUUGAAAAGUGUAUUACGUCCCAUUCUUCUGUCUCUUCCGUCGAGUCUUUCAUUUCUGAUAGCUUGAAAAAGUGCAACGACAACAUGCACGAACAGCGUUUUUCUUGCGGUCCCGACGACGUACAUUGUCCCCCUUUUCCUCUCCUCUAGACCUACAGCGGGACGACCGCAGUGUGCAUCUCCCUUGUGAACGGCGUUCUCUCCUGCAUCAACAUCGGAGAUAGUCGCUGCGUCGCGGGGUUCGUCGCUCCCGACGACCAAGUAAUUCCCAUCCCGCUUUCCCGUGACCAAACCCCCUCUCGUCCCGUUCUUUUUUCUUUCUGUUUUCUCACCCACAGGACGAGAAAGAGCGCCUCGAGCGCUGCGGCGCGGAGAUUUCGACGCUGCGACAGCGCCGCAACUCGAACGACCAGCUGGUGCAAAGCGGCGAAGUGGACGCUUCGCUCUCCGAUCCGCCGCGCAUUUACAUCCCGCACAAAUCCUUCCCUGGAGCUGCAUUCUCACGGUCCAUCGGAGACUACAUGGCGGAAACGGUGGGAGUGAUCGCCGAGUCGGAAAUCGAAUCGAAGAAAGCCGUUUCGGGGCUGAAUCACGUGAUUCUGGGGAGUGAUGGUCUGUGGAGCUACUAUACACAAGAGGAAGUGGCGUGUGCGGUGAAGUACUCGACGGAUCUGGGGAAGACGGCUGUGAGUAUUGUGAUGAACGGGUUUCUGCGGUGGAUGAAUAGCUGCGGAGGAUCGGAUGAUAUCACGAUGGUUGUGAUAAGAUUCCCUUCGCUGCCGAAGGAUGAGGCUGGCGAAGCGGACUGGAAGCCUAGUGAACAUCUGAAGAAGAAUACGAUGGUUUUUACGAAUAAGUGAUUU